GUCAGCGUCUCGGUGUCAGCCCCGGCUCUCCAGCUCCACACAGCCGGACACACAGCUCAGCUCUCGGCACUUUCCCCCUCCAUUAUUUCUGGAUUAAACGGAACGCACGCGCUCUUCUCCGUUGGAAGCUCGUUACAGCGGACAAGUCGUACGAACUCGGCGUCGCGUUGAGUCCAACUGCACUUUUCAUCUGUUUUCGCAACACGAGCGUGUUUUUUUUUUCUCCAUAUACGCGGAAUUUUUUGUUUGCGCUUAAUGGAAAAUCUCUGCAGAGAAAAUUCAACGCAAACGGUCUAAACUGCUUGGAGAUCCGCAGACUGCUACACGAACACCGAACCGUUAUCUCUGUCUUAAUAAAACACAACUUUUCGCACUUUAUCACGCGCGGGCUGUAAAUACGAGUCAGGUCGGUUAGUUUAGGACCAGCGCUCUCUUUGCAGCAACUGUCUGGAUGCUAGCCGGAGUUAGCUUUAGCUUCCGAAGCUGGAACACAGUAUGUUUAUAGGCCUGUGAGAUUACAAACGUAAUUAGUUGCAUUUAUGUAUAUAUGUAUUUCUAUAUUCAUGCAAAAUGCAACAGUUUUGUGCUGCUUGACAUUUCGUACUUGAUGCAUAUUUCUUACACAGAGGCGGAGCAACACGUUUUGGGUCUGUAUAUCUGAUAUUAAUAGGAAAAUUUGCACGAGUUUUUAUUUUAUUUUAUUGUUGACAUAUUCGAAUAAUCGAGCCAUUCCUGCGUCUGUUGUUUAGUCGUAAAGUUAGAUUUGAUACACAACAAGUUUUUUCUUCCUCCUCUAAGAGAGUCAAGUUCAAGAAACCAAGGAUUUCAGGCAGAUUACAUCAGUCACGUCACUUCGACUUAUUAAUGAGUGAAAUGAUCGAUUAUUCGAUGUGCAUGUGCUAGUUUUGUGAUCUCCAUUAUCUAAUGAUACAUACAGGAGCUUGGACAUUUUUUUAACACUUUCCUCAAUCAAGUGGGAACUUGUUUCUCAUCAUUAAAGAAGAUGCAAUAAAGUUGCAUAACCAUGGUGUAGAUAUUUUUUUGUGUAUAUAUGUGUGGAGACUUUUCUGCCUUUCAACCCACUGAUGCUCGGCACCGACUGAUGCUUUCCAGUGACUUUAAAUAUGCCAUUUGGAUUUAAGUUGCAUAAAAGCUGUCAACCAGAAGCCCAAUGAGCGACACACAGCCAACACUCACUGACAGGUUUACCAAAAAAGCAGUCAGAACCAGUAGCAUUCUCAGCAGAGAUCACCCCCCAGACAAAAAGCCGAAAAGUGACAAGGCUUCCGUUCCUCCAGCGCAAGACUUUGACUCCACAGGACUGGUUCAGAGAUGCGUGAUCAUUCAGAAAGACGAGAACGGUUUUGGCCUUACAGUGAGCGGAGACAACCCUGUAUUUGUGCAGCUCGUCAAAGAGGAUGGAGCUGCUAUGCGUGCGGGGGUUCAGACUGGGGACAGGAUCAUUAAGGUCAAUGGGACCCUGGUGACACAGUCAAACCAUGUUGAAGUGGUGAAGUUAAUCAAAUCGGGUUCCUACGUGGCCCUCACCGUAUUGGGCAGACCACCUGGCUUACCCCAGAUUCCUCUAUCAGAGGUUGAUCUGAACCUCGAGUCGAUAGGGGAUAAUGGGGCAUCCUCAGACUCUUUCCCACAUUCUCCACGACAGAUCCGGAGCAGGCGGGAAUACAAGGAAGAGAACAUCGUGAUGCACGGCCCGAAGCCGCUGACAAAAGAUAGACAGGAGUUACAGAACAUGAAGGAAGAGUAUGUUAAGAAUCCCGCCAUCCGUCUCCUGAGGGACAUCCAGGAAGCCAAGAGAAACACACACAAAGCCUCACAGGAUGGUCUUCUUCUUGAAGAUGGUGAAAGUGCUGGUGUAGUGGAUGUGGACCAGGCUAGCUCCGAUGGCUUGUGGAGCCCUGCGCUGCAUCUCCACCACUCGGCAUCUUCUAUAACUGUUGCCAGAACAGACUCGAAAAGUCCAAAGAGCACACAACGAAACAGCCUCAACUCAUGGUCUUCACCUGAGACUGCAGACACCUCUGACCUGGACCUCCAUCCCAGCGUGAAAAGUCCCUCCUGUCAUCCCUCUCCUCAGAUCAUGGGAGCCGAGGAUGACUACUUUGACUCGGAACAUGAGCAGGAGCAGGCGAAUGUCCAGUGUAACUGUUUCCAGAGUUUGGACCUGCUUAAGAAUCGACCUGCGCACCUUGCAGCUUUCCUGUACCAUGUGGUGUCCCAGUUUGACCCUGCUCCUGUGCUUUGCUACCUUUACACUGACCUCUACAAGCAGACCAACUCAAAAGAAACCAGACGCAUCUUCAUGGACAUCUUCACCUUCUUUAUUGACAGGGGGGCUAACCUAAAAGUAACUGUGCCUGAAUCUAUCUCUUCUGAACUCGAACGACGGAGACCAGAGCUGAUUCCAGAGGAACUGCACAGACAGUAUGUCCAAACAAUGCAGGACACACUUCUCCGCGAGGUGAACAGAAUUCUAGAGGACUUUAGACAGAAACACAGUAUGGGCCUGACUUUAGUUGAGGGUGAGCCGUCACAUUUGGAUAUAGAGCAGUUAAAAGACCCCACUGCUCUGGAAAGAGAGAGAUCCUGUGCUGAGAGCAUCCUCACCAAAAUCGAUGACAUUCUGUUGUCUUCACUAGCUGCAGAAGAGGAAAAGUGUACCACUAUACAAUAUGUGAUCUACAUCUACAUGAAGCAUUUGGGCGUGAGAGGCAAAGAGCAGCGUAACCUGGAGUCCAAACGCGUGCGCAUAAAUUUCCUGCCCAAGAUCAAGAAGAGCAGCAAGCUGGAGAAAGAAGUAGAAGAAAAGGUAAAGAAGCCUCGUUUCAAUAUCUUGGGGCCGCAACGUCGACCAAGUCGCAUUGAAACAACGCCUGUAGGUCGCUCUGUGGAUGGAAGCAAGCCAAGACCUCAGAAGCAGCUCUCACAACCAGGGUUGGGAAAGUGUGAGGUGGUAGAUGGUGGGCGUUUUUUACGGGGAAGCCAGUCAAGCGAGGGCUCAGACCUCAUCCAAAACUCCACAGUCAUCAGCAACCUUCCUCCCUAUAGCCCUGUCUCAGACAACGCCUUCAAAGACACAGACUUUAGUGUGAACCAGUCAUCCGGGCACCAAAGGUUGAGUGAUGGUAUGCAAGUUGGGGAAGGGCUGGACAUGACAUACCCCCCAUGUGAUUACAUAUCCUACAAUGUAGAGCAUCUUGAUGAGGACAGAGAUGGAGACAGAUUUGUGGAUCUAGGCACACCUAAGCUGAGCAGAAGGCUGGAGGAGGCACUGAGUGAGGAUGAUGGUGUUUACUCUGACAUGGAUCCCCCAAACUGGCAGCAACUUGUAAAGAUGGAGGUUCUGGCUGAACUGACACCCCAGGAGAUCAAGAGACAAGAAGUUAUUAAUGAGCUUUUCUACACAGAGCGCGCACACAUGCGCAUGCUGAAAGUCCUGGACAAUGUCUUCUACCAAAAGCUGACCCGUGACAACAUAUUACCACCUGCCGAUAUUAAAACCAUCUUCAGCAACCUGGAGGAGAUCAUCCAGCUCCAUGGGACGAUUUCCGAGAAGAUGGCAGCAAUACGCAAGAGGAAUGAAACGUCAGUGGUUGGCCAAAUUGGAGAUGAUUUGCUGUCUUGGUUCAGCCGAGAAGAGGAGGAAAAGAUGAAGCAUGCUGUAGGCACCUUUUGCAGCAACCAGCCCUUUGCUCUGGAGCUCAUCAAGAGCCGACAAAAGAAGGACCAGCGCUUCCUCAGCUUCAUGCAUGAGGCAGAGAGUAAUCGGAUGUGCCGGAGGCUGCAGCUGAAGGACAUCAUCCCUGCCGAGAUGCAAAGACUCACCAAGUAUCCGUUACUGCUGGAGAACAUCGCCAAGUACACCGGUGAUCCAGAGGAGAAAGACAAGGUGAGGAAAGCAGCUGACUGCUGUCGUAAGAUCCUCAACCAUGUGAACCAAGCAGUGAAGGAGUCCGAGAAUAAACAGCAUCUGGAGGACUACCAGAGACGCCUGGACCUCUCCUCUCUGAAGCAGAGUGAGAAUCCACUCAUUUCCGAGUUUAAGACUUUAGAUCUUACCAAGAACAAGUUGAUUCAUGAAGGUCCACUCACCUGGAAACUGAAUAAAGACAAGACUGUUGAGUUAUACACACUGCUCCUUGAGGACAUCCUAGUGCUGUUACAGAAGCAAGACGAGAGGCUCAUUCUGAAAUGCCACAGUAAAAACCGUGCAGGCUCGGCUGACGUGCAGCACAUCUUCAGCCCUGUCAUCAAGCUCAAUACUGUACUGGUGCGAUCAGUGGCCACAGACAAUAGAUCCUUCUUUGUGCUCUCCAUGUCGGAUAACGGAGCUCAGAUCUAUGAACUGAUGGCCCAAACAGUGUCUGAACAAAGAAUAUGGCAGAGGCAUAUCAUUCAGCGAGCAGAGGCAAUGAAGUCCAGGCCACAUGGCAUCAUUCCCCUGCCUCAGCCUUCAGGGGAGAGAAAGGGCAUUGAAGUUGGUAAACUUGCCAAAUCUCCAGAGCGUGAAUGUACUAGCAGUGUUGAGGUCUCAGGUAAAGCCUGUGAUGCAGUGUCUGAUCAUGCCUCCAACAAUGAGGAGCAAGAGCAAGCUCAAGCACAUGGCCAUGACGAAAGCUCAUAUCCAGGGCCAGAGCUGCUGGGAGGCUGUGACGCAGAGUCUCCAUCCUCUUCCUAUAGAGCUAAUGAAGCUCUGAAAACCUUGGCAGCUUUAAAGCAGGUGCUGGUAACUCAGCUGAUGGCCCAGAACGAUGGGGAGCGGAUGGGCCGGCGUCUUCUCAGGACAACAUCUUUGCGCACAUCAUGCAGGACUCAGGACGCCUCCUCAGGGGACACGGGUUUUUUUGAAGGCACCGAGGAUUAUGCAGGCUACCUGGUGCUGGAAGGCUCGAAUGACUCUGAGAGCAGCGCUGAUGAUAACGUACAGUUCAGGAGGAAGGAGUUGGGGCUUUCCCGUGGCUGUGCUGCUGACUCGGGUAUCAGUCUCAGGUUUUCAUCGUCCUCUGCAGAGAGCUUAUGCGGAAUUAGCAGACAGGUUCUGACGUACCUGCGCUCUCUGCAAGCCAACCUCAGUCACCUCAAGGAGGUAGAGAGCAGAUACUAUCUGUUAAAGCAAAAGCAGGACACUGAAGGAAGCAAAGAUAAGAAGUAGCUGGCUCGAGAUAACCUGAGGGCACUUCAGCCUCCUGUACAGUCCGCAACAUAGAAAGCGAGUGAUGAAGAGUAAAACAGAGCAGCAUUUCGAGCAGCAGAGUAUGUGCCCUUUAUUUAAGUCAGUUAGGGAAGCUGGGCGGUCCUUUCUACACCUAGUUGGUUUCUGCGGCACUGCCUCACUCCUGUGAUGAACAAAUAUGUCCUUACAAAUCUAUAUAUAUGGUGUGUAUAUAUUUAUGAAUCAUUAAACAUUUUUAAGUAAUCACGUCACUUUUUAAAUUUAGAUAUAUUUAUUUUAUUUCCUUUCCAAGUUACUUGCAAGGUUUUUUUUAUUGGGGUUUUUUUUUUGUGCUUUUGGUUGCAACUUUCUCUUAAGUGUGCAGUGUGUGCUGUUGACAUGUCUAUUACAUCAUUCUUUCUGAGAGCUCUCUACUCACACCUUGUAUAAAAAUGCACUAGAUUCCCUUCUCUUUUUAUAUUUCAAGAGGUUAAAGAAUUCGAAAUGAGGAGAGCAUGAAACCUAAAAAAAAAAACUGCCUGCAAAUGCAGAAUAUAUAACUGUUGAGGUGGCUAGUGAUGCUAAUGAUGUCCUGUAAAGUUUUAUGUAUGUCUAUUUUUUUUUAUUAUUUUAUUUGAGCUGUUUAAUGAAAAUGUCUACUGUUGCAUCGUUUUGGACACCGUUUUGUUUUUGAAAGGAAUAUUGCUCUCGUUCUGUUACAUUUUAUUUCGCGAAGUACAACCAAAACCACCAGCGACAUGAACACAAGAAAUCGUAUGCAUGAAGUAUAGUUAACACACAGGACAUAAACAUAGUUGAGGUACAUAUUACCAGAGCUUGACUAAGAAGCUCGCAGUCAACAGAACUUUAAAUCUGGUGCUGUAAGAGACAUAAAAACAAACAGGUGAAAGAGAUCAAUGGCAGGUGACUUGCCUACUUCACUGGGUAAUGUGGUUCAGCUCAGUGGUUCUUAACUCCACUUCUGGAGGACCACCUGCCUUGCACAUUUUAGUAUUUUUCUUGCUCUAUUGCACCCAAUUCAAUUAAAGACAUGCUGUUCAGUAGCUGAUUAGUAAAAUCCGAAACCUAAGAAUUUUGUGAGAAAACACUAGAUGUGUGGGGCAGGUGGUCCUGCAGACCUGGAGUUGAGAACCACGCAUUUUGCUCCUCUGUGGCUCCACUGUGACAUUCUGUUUCGUCAUCAAAAGCACAGAAGCCAUGACUUUUAAAUGUCAUGGUAAAAUUGAUAUUGUGCUGUCCCAGUGUCCUUUGUGUAAUAAAUUAAACACAAUAGGGUGUGCUUUUAUAGCAUAGCACAAUAAUCCAUGUUGGGGUAGUGUGAUGAUGGCUGACAUGAAGCCACCUCCUUGAAUUAGAUUUUUUUCAAAUAACAAAAAAUCCUGAAGUCUCGUACUAUAGCAAUUUUCCAUUACAGUUUUUGGUUUAGUGUUUUUUUUUUUUUUUUUUUUACAUUUUUUCAUAUUGUAAAUUUAAAUAUUUAUACUGUAGUUGCAUUUAAUAUUGUGAAGUGUCAGUGAAACAAGUUUGUUCCUACUAGCACUUGCAUUAUACCAGCUGAAAAAUUUAAUAAAAUAAAAAUUUGACUGGUCAAAAAGCAUUCCAUACCCUCCAUCUAGAAACGUCUGUAGUCCAACUAGGGAUCAUGUAGGCCAAUAGUGCCUAUUGUAUUUUUCCCCAUUUUGUACGAACAUGGUAGGACCUCCUAUCACCAUACUCGCACACUACAGGCAAGUUGGGAACGCCAAUUAAUCUCAUCUGCAUGCCUUUGGACUCAGAAAAACCCACCAAGCACGGGGAGAACAUGCAAACUCCAUGCACACAGACCUGACGUGGGAAUCCAAUCUAUGACCUGGUGAUGCGCGGUGAUAGUGCUAACUGCAAAAUCUAAAGAACUGUCACUCACUGGAUUUUUCUCUUUUUUUUAUUGCACCAAUACAAAACUUUUUAGACUUUUGUGUGUCUCUGAGAUGACUUUUCUCCCAUUCUGAUGAUUGAUGUGAACAUUAUCCAAAGCUGCUGGCCCGUAUUUGCAUGAUUUUAUGCAUUGCACCGCUGCCUCAAGAUUGGCUGAUUAGACAAUUGCAUAAAUGUGAAGGUGUAAAAGCUUUCCUUUUAAAAUGUUCGGUGAGUGUCUGUUUAAAACUCAUGGGGAAAAUGUGUUAAGACAUUGUAUUUAAAAAAGAUUUCAAAUUAUAAGUCGCACAUGUGAAAAUAAAGAAGCUUUCUAAAGUUCAGAAAAAACAUUAUUAAACAAUGCUCUGGUGGCACCUUAAACACCCCCGGUUAGUACAGUUGUUUAGAGAAUUUGCAGGUGAGAAAUUCACAGAAGCUCAAGCUAUUAUCAACAGACAGGUUUGCUGAGCAAGAUUUCACAAGACAAAUGAUAAAUUCAGCUCAUCAUGUUUGGUAAAUGAAUGGUCGUGAAGGCUCAACCCAAGUACUCCAUUACCACAGUGAACUACUAAUGACCCAUAAUAUGGAUCUGCUUCUCUGCCAACGGUACUGGGACAUUAAACAUCAUUAAAGGCAACAUAAAUGAAGCACUGUACCAGGACAUAUUGGAAAAGAAUUUAAUCUGAUAGUCAAAAAAAAAUGAAUUUGGGGAGAAAAUGGAAGUUUUACCAAGACAAUCAAUCCAAAUAGCUCAGGAAGGCCAUGAAUGGCCCGAACAAUAUUCUGAAAUGAAUCUCACUGAAGGAUUUUAAAACUGAGUCUAUCAGCGGGACUUUACCUUGGGGAAUUGAAGACAUUUUACAAGAAGAAGAGCUAAAUUGAAGCACUAUUCUGUAAAAACCUAAUUACUCCUUACAGUUUUGCAAUAAAGAUGUAAUUUUGUCA